UCUUGUGUUUCUUGAGUCAGGGUCUCCCUUGCUGAUUCGGCUAGGCCGACUGGUCUGUGAGCCCUAGAUGUCUGCAUGUCUCCACCAUCCCACUGCCACCACACCCAGUCUUUGGCAUGGGCAUUGGGGAUCAAAUUCAGUAAAGCAUGGCAAACGUGGCACCUGAACCUUCUCUUUAGUCGCCGGGAAUGCGUUUCUCCUGUGUUCCCUGUCCACAGUGCAUCUCAUCACACCGCACUUUAGCUCAGGCUGCUUUGCAGCACCGUUCCUGGCUUCUGAGAGGGGUGUUCCAGGAGGACAGGCUCCUGUGUGCAGGUGCUCUCAAGUUUCUGCUUGCACCAUGCUUGCUAGUGCCUGUCUGGUAAGUGUAAGUCAUAGGGCGGAGUGUGGAAGGGCCUUCGCCAGGGCACAAAUCCCAGGAGAUAUAGUUGACUGGGGUCAAACACUGUAUGUUUGUCACAGCGUCAAGGAAGGGAGAGUGAACAUAAGGUACGCCAUUCUUUGCUCUGGUGGAUUGGAGCUGAACAGUGUUUUUUCAUGUCGCAAGCACCAAAGCCAGUGUAGUUCAUGGCCAGAGAAGUAGAAUGAAUGUGGAAAUAUCGGCGUGUAUUGCAUGUUAAAAAUCUACAUUUACGUCCAGUGAAAGGUGUGUUUUAUGUUCCUGGCUUGAGCACAUCUGAGUUUCGAUGCUUUGAUUCUAUGGCAGAAUUAAGUGGUGGAUGUCCUGCUGACCCUCUUCCAUGUGAGGAGCUGUGUGAUGGGGACACAUCUUGUCCCCAGGGACACAAAUGCUGCAGCACUGGCUGUGGCCACGCCUGCCGAGGAGACAUUGAGGGAGGGCGGGACGGCCAUUGUCCCAGAAUUCUGGUGGGCCUGUGUAUUGUCAGCUGCAUGGUGGAUGAGAACUGUCAGCCUGAGGAAAAGUGCUGCAAGUCAGGCUGUGGCCGCUUCUGCGUCCCCCGACUCCAGCUGCCCCAGCUGCCCGCAGACUCCAACCUCACCGAUGGGUCUACAUCCCAGCCAGAGUUUCAAGCACCCUAGCUGUUCUGACUUGUCUGGAAUCUUCUGGGAGCCAAGAAGGGGUGAUGUCCUGGGGCUUGUGACACUCCCACGGAUAUCAGGCCUUCUCCUCUUUGCUUCUGCUGCCUGGAGCACACGGCACAGCCCUGGGGACAGGUGCUUCUCUUUCCCAAUAAAAGACUGGCAUGGA